AUGGCCCCAACCGAGUAGGGAGAAGUGUAUAUAAGGGGGUCCCGUAGAGGGAGAGUUGUCAGACCACCGUACGAACAAGUUCCUUCUCCUUCUCCUGCUCUCUUGGCUUUCUUCAGUUGUUGUUUUUUCACAGGAACUUCUGUUUUUGUUGUGGCACUGUGCUCACGUGUGUAUAAUUGUGUUUGUUUGUGUGUGUGUGUGUGUGUGUGUGUGUGUGUGUGUGUGUGUGUGUGUUUGCGUUUGUGUGUGUGUGUGUGUGUGUGUGUGUGUGUGUGUGUGUGUGUGUGUGUGUGUGUGUGUGUGUGUGUGUGUGUGUGUGUGUGUGUGUGUGUGUGUGUGUGUUUAAGCGUGUAGACCACAGCUGAUUAGUGACUUUUCGGACUGAAUGAGAAAUGUGGUGUCAACUGACGCUCUCCACUGUGGAUCUGAGAGGAUGCAGGGUUUUACAGCUGUGUUUGUGAAAAGUCAACUGUUUGGGUGAUUUCUUCGAUUUUCUCUCUUCCUUUUUUGCUGUUAAAAAAAAAAAAGAACAUCUAUGCGAUCUUAAAAAAUCCCAGCUCUUUAGUCCAAUAAAAAAAUCGUUUUUUUUUCUCAUUCUCUCUUCACAUCAUUUGAAUGCAUUCGACGACCAAGAUGGACUACCCCUUUUCACCGGACCUCGACUACAACGACAACAACAACCUCACGGACAGGGACGAGCUAUUCCUCCCCGUCAAAAUGGAUGCGUUCAGCAUCACCAUCGCCGUCCUCUACCUGGUCAUCUGCGUGCUGGGCUUAGCGGGAAACUCCCUGGUGGUGGUGGCCAUUUUAAAACUGGACAAAAUGGCGUCGGCCACCACCGUGUACAUCUUCAACCUGGCGCUGGCCGACGGCCUCUUCAUGGUGGGGCUGCCCUUCGUGGCCAUCCAGAACUUCAUGAACCGCUGGGACUUUGGUGACGCGGCGUGCAAGCUGGUCAUGGUGCUGGACGGCAUCAACCAGUUCACCAGCGUCUUCUGCCUGACGGUGAUGAGCGUGGAUCGCUACAUGGCGCUGGUCGACCCGCUCCGCUUCGCCCACUGGCGAACGCCCGCCCGCGCCAAGAUGGUGUCGGCGGGCCUGUGGCUCUUCUCCAUGGUGCCCGUGCUGCCCAUGGCGCUGAACUUUUCGACCCAGUACGGCCUGUGCUCCCUGGACCCGAAAAUGAUCUCCGAGUCCCGGUGGCCUGGCUUCCUCACCUACACCUUCGUGCUGGGCUUCGCGCUUCCCUUCACCGUGAUGACCGCCUCGUACGCCGCGCUGGUCGUCACGCUGCGUUCCCAGCGGAUCCGGGCGGGACGCCCCGCCGCGCAGGCCGCCGCGCCCCACGAGGGUCAGCGGCUGGAGCGGCAGGUGACCAAGAUGGUGGUGGCGGUGGUGGUGGUGUUUGCCGUGUGCUGGCUGCCGUUCUACGCCUUCAACUUCUGCUCGCUGUACCGCACCGACCGGGUGCUGUACUUCGCCCAGGGGUUCGAGUUUGUGGUGGUGCUGUCGUACUCCUGGAGCUGCGCCAACCCCAUCCUCUACGCCUGCCACUCGGAGGCCUUCCGACGCCACUUUGCCAAACUGCUCUGUCCGAACAAGCAGUCCCCCAGCAUGCACUGCAACACAGACACGGAGCGGUACGACUUGAACGCCACCAAUGUGCGAGAUAGUGUUAGCAUGCAAGCGUAACAAACAACCGCAGAAUCUGGCUUUUGUGUUCGUGUCUCUCACUAUAGAUUCGACUCAUUAUAGAUCAACUGGUUUAGAAAUUGUAUCCCAGAAUUCCUCACAGCGCUUCAUCAGAGUUUGACAAGAAAAUCCUGCUUCGUUGAUGCUCUGAUGUUGAUUUCCCUGUAAAAAUCUUUUGUCAUGGGCCAAUCACCAAAAACUUUUGGCCUUUGCCCUCUACUUGGAAUAGUCUCGUUUGAGCGAAACUCUGAAAGACUAUAAAAAAGCAGAUAUAAGCACACAAUUUGAAAAGACUGAAACUCAGCUCACUAUAAUUGGAUUUGGUAGAAUAGGUAAAAUAAGGCAUAAAUCCGCAUUCAUUAUCACUAUGGCAAUACCGAGACAUGAUUGACCUCAGACAUGGGCUUUUUCAUGCAUGUCUUUGCUCUCAUAUGUGUGUGUGUGUGUGUGUGUGUGUGCGUGCGUGCGUGCGUGCGUGCGUGCGUGCGUGCGUGCGUGCGUGCGUGCGUGCGUGCGUGUGUGCGUGCGUGUGUGUAUGUUAGUGUGUGUUAAAAAAACCUGUGUUCCUGAUCGUGUCCGAGGAAGUUGAAUCCUGAUGGUAUUAUUUCAUUAGAUUUACAUAUUAUCUCUUGAUCAACACUCUUUUGACUGUUUCUGUAUAUGUGCCUUAGAAGGAGGAUUAGUAAUGAAGAUAAGACAUAACUGAUAUAUUAUUGUUUGAAUAUAUAAUAUCCAUCGUAUCUAUCUAUUCAACCCACACUAUGCCUAACAUUUAUUUUCAUAUAUCCGUUGUAAAAUUGUGUGUGAAUAUUCUGACAUUGAAGGAGAAAUUAUUAUGUAUGUGUAUGCAUAACCUUGAAAUCAUAAUCUGUUUACCUACAUAAACAACACUGAGUUUGCUA